AUGGAAGCUAUAAAGAAGGAGCAACAGGAGAUUAGUGUCCAGGGAUCGGUGGAACCAAGUCUGGUGGAACCAAUGGCGGUCCCGGCCGUGAUACCUUCUGUGUUGCCCAAUGUCGAACCUUCCACAACUCAUUCGUAUUCCACAAGGUCGAAAGAUGACUCGAUAUCCAAGUCAAUGGCCAAGCAAAAGGAACAUAACGUUGUAGUACAUCCUAGAUUGAAGCCUGUCUUGUUCAAGAACCUGGACUUGCGACUUCCUUCGAAAUAUAUGGUGACCAAUAAACGGCCCGCCGGAGUCGUUCUCGACCCCGCUGAACUGUCUGAAGUGUCUGAAGAGCCUGAACUGGGGGCAACGUCAUCAUCGGCUUUUACAUUCUACAAUUCAGAGGAUCAACCAUUGAAUAGACGUGGGUACAAGUAUAAACCAUGCACGCCAAACCCACUUUAUACUGCCAACUUGUAUUCUACCACGGAGAUCGAGCCAUAUACGGUACAUCCAUCACAUUUCGAUCGGGCCCAGGGGAUCAUUUUCUCUCAAGAUAUGGCAUCCAUAUCAACCGUAGAUGGUUGGAGAUCGAUCCGAACCAACAUUGGGAUCCGUGAAGGGUCCUACUACAUGGAGUUUGCCAUAGUGAAUGCCAAUAAUGGCCGAGAUCGUAGUCAUGUACGUGUUGGCAUUGCUCGUAGAGAGGCGGCUCUAGAGGCCCCCGUGGGGUUUGAUGGGUAUGGGUACGGUUUACGUGACGUCAAUGGUCAAAAAAUCACGCUCAGUAGACCCAAAGAAUUCAUGAAGGGACUCAUAGAAGACCCUGGGUUCCAUAACGGAGAUGUGAUUGGACUCUUGGUGGAAUUACCUUCAUUGAAUGACCAUAAACGGGCAGUACAAGCAUUUGUAGAGGAGAGACAAAGAGAAGGUGGUACUAAUAAAUCUACUACUACUGGUACUCCAGGGCACGGGUUCGAACCCGCCCCGGCACCCCAGCAACCCUUGAAAAAAAAGAAAAGGGUUAAUGAAAGGACCCCAACUGCUGAUGAUAAUAACAACGAAGAUGAACCAACGGCUAAAAAAUUACGGAAGUUUGGGAAUGUGAUGCGAGAUCAAAUCCCAAUAAAGUAUAGAAAUGCAUUGUAUUAUGAGCAGUUUGAAUACACCCCUACAAAGAAAAUGGAACAUUUAUUGAACCCAGUGACAGUUUUCGGAGAAAAGGCCAUUUUGGAACGUUCCACUAACGAAGAGCGCGACUCUCCAGCACGACAAAUCCCCACCAUCCCACAGUCCAAGGUAAUCGUUUACAAAAACGGGGAGCUUGUGGGCACCGCCUAUGAGGACCUCUACUCGUUCUUGCCGCUAGACACGGAAAACGAGAGUAUAGGGUUAUCGUACAACGAGAGACAACUGCAGAACCCGGACUAUCAGAACACGGAUGAUGGCACGUUGGGGUACUACCCGAUGGUGUCGGUUUACCAGCAUGGGGUAGUUCGGUUCAACGCGGGCCCCGAGUUCCAAUACCCACCUCCGAGUCACGCCAAGCCGUUGAGCGACCGGUAUGCGGAGACGGUGACCGAGGAGUGGCUCUGGGAUAUCAUUGAUGAAGUCGAGGCUCUGUAUUUAGAUAGUUUUGAAUAG